AUGACGCAGAAGUUAGAGGAGGAGCAAACGGCAGACGAGGAACAGAAACAGAAGUUCGAGUGCUGGUGUAAGCAGAACAAUGACGACAAGAGUGAGCUGGGACCCAAGAUCGAUCGGCUGGGAACGCAGAUCCGCACCUCCAACAUCGAGCUCAACAAAGCCAAAGCAACAAUGGAAAAAGCUGAUGCAAUCCGGAAACAGCAGCUGGAAGCCUUCAAGGAGGACGAGGCGUCCUUGCUCGCAUCCGUCGACCAGGCCUCAAAGGCAAUCACAGCCCUGAACAGCAGUGCAUCCGCAGAGAUGAAGGCAGCCUAUGCCGCCAACGCCGGAUCUUCACUUCUACAGAUGCCACCAGCCGAAUUGAAGGCCUUAACCACCGGCUUGCGUCAGGUGAUGGAAAACCGCGGAGCGCUGGUAUACAGCAAGUUGUCCAGUGCCGACAGAGUCGCCAUUGAUGAUUUUAUCAGAGAUCCGUUCAAGGUGGUGAAGGGCAAUGCUUUCCUCCAGCGAGACGAUCCGACCAGCACGUCCAGCUCUAUUGUUGGCAUUCUCAAGACCAUGCUGGAUGACUUCAACGAAGACCUGCAGAAAGAGGUGACUGAGGAAAAGGAGAAUGAUAGGUCGUAUAAGGCGCUCAUUGCUGCCAAGACUUCCGAGAAGAAAGUGUUGAAAGAGCAGAUUGUGAAAAAGACUCAGGAGAAGUCUGACGCAGAGAGCUUGCUGGAGACAUCAAAGCAGGACAUCAAGACGACCACCAAGGCUAUUGCUGCAGACGUCAAGUUUCAGGCUGCCGUGGAGAACAGAUGCACGAAGAGCGAUGACAAGUUCAAAGAACGCAUGCAGAGUCGAAUGCAGGAGAUGACAGCGGUGUCCAAGACCAUCCAGGUGCUUCGCAGUGAGGAGUCUCGCGAUCUCUUUGGCAAGACGGUUUCUUUCCUGCAGCAGUCAGCACAUGCGCGCAGGGUAGAACGAUCCGCAGCAAAAGCCGGUGCCUUCUUGCUGGAGCAGGGGCGCCGGCUUGGUGUUCAGAGGCUGAUCACGGUGGGACUCCAGAGCAGGAUCGAUUCCUUCACGAAGGUCAAGGCUGCCAUCGAGGAAAUGAUUACUGCGUUGAAGAAGGAGCAGGAAGACGAGAUCAAGCACAAGGAGAUGUGUGUGGAUGAUCUCGACCAAAACAAGAUCAACACGGAGGAAAAGCAGGGCGUGAAGACCCGAGCAGAGGACAAGAUCACCGCCUUGAAGAAAAAGGUAAGCGAGUGUGAAGCGCAGAUUGCCAGCUUGAAUGCAGAGAUUGCAGAGAUGCAGAAGCAAGUGCAAAUUGCCGGGCAAUCCCGCCAGAAGGAGAACGUGAAGUUUCAAACUGAAGCUGACGACCAGCGACAAACGCAGGUUGUCCUCAAGAAGGCAGUCAAGUUCUUGGAAGACUUCUACAGAAGUUCGGAGAGGGCUUCGCUUGCCCAAAUCACAGCUCACAGAGCUGACGAGGUGCAACCGGAAGAUGUUGGCGGCCCUGAAGGCUUCCAGGAUUACAAGAAGAAUGCCGGAGGAGCGGGUGCCAUGGGGCUGAUUGAGACCAUCAUCGCAGAUUCCGCAAAGCUUGAGGCUGAAGCUGUUCAGGCUGAGCAAGAAGCGCAAUCUGCGUACGAGAGCUUUGUGGCUGAAACGGCCGAAAACAUCAAGGCAAAGACGGCAGAAAUCGACAGCAAGACAAAGGAGAAGGUAAGAGGCAAGCCAGAUCCAUCGGACCACGUUCAAGAGGAAGCGACGCCGGACUAUCCUUUGUGGAGGUCUGUGCCGAUUGAACUUGGGAAGGGGCUGGAGUACAAAUAUGUGCGCCUGAAGGGUGACGGAGAGGCAGUUUGGGAGUUUGAUGGCCACAACCGUUGCGUGUCGCCGGAUGUUAUCACAACUUCGUCCGUGGUCGAUGACGGCGACUUCGGCGGAGCAUUGGAUGAGGCCUUCUGCUAUCCGAAGGCCCUUGCAGAAAAAGUCGAUCGUGGUUCUAGCUUCAAUCUUCCUGAUGGAAACGGCAUGCAGCUCGUAGUGAUUGGCGACGAUUCGGGUGCGGGGCAUGGAGCGAAAGGAUACAACGGCUGGGCGGCACAGCUGGGCAAACUGUUGAAUCAGCAGUAUGGCUAUGGCUACUGCAAUGCCGCUGAGAUUGGGUCAUGUGUCCAGGAGACGUUGAAGAAGGGCCUCUCCAACUUGCUGCCCAAGCCCAUCCCCCAGGUUGUCGUGUUUGCUUUCAGCAUGGAGCUGCGAUGGCUCGCGACCUGUCCAGAAUGGGACAGGCAGACCAUCUACGACAACACCAUGAAGGCAUUCGCAGCUCUGGCAGCUGAAGCUUGGGACAUGGGCAUUAUGCCUGUGUUUGCCGGCCUGACUCCGAAUAGUGGCUUUGAAAAGCAGCAGGCGAAGCUGCUCCGAGAUGCGGACAACGAAAUGAAGCGAAUGGGCGUUCCAGUCCUCGACUGGCUGCAUGUUAUCAGCAGGGGUGGUGACAAUUUCGGGACUUGGGCAGAGGGCUUGGCACACAGCGCCAUCCACCCCAACACAUCAGGCCAUGAGAGGAUGUUCUCUGCGAUCGAUAUCAGCAUUUUUCAGCCGCAGAAGGUCAAAGAGCUUCUGCAGAGGCGAGAAGCUGAUCUGAAAGAUGUUGCCAGAACUUGCUUCGAAGAUGGCAGGGGCAUGGUGAUCAGCUAUCAUGCCAAGCAGAAGGAAUUGAUAGUUGAGAACAACACAGAUGACCAGUACGAGUUGAACCCAGGAUGGGGAGACAUGCAAGCUGGCUUAUCUGCAGCCUUCAGGGAGGCGCCGUGGUCGCUGCAGCGUGGCCUCUACUUGAGCCAUGGCAGCGAGAAUGCAAUAUUCUCGAUAUAUUUGGGAGAGUCUGGUACACUUCAGUCCAUCGGCCAGUUGCCUCCACGCAGCGUUGCAAGGCUUCGGCACCUGGGCCGAUGUCUGGAGAGACUGCCGCCUACAAGCCAAGUUCUUUUUCGGGAUGACAAUCUCCAAGUUGUCAAGACAGAAACUGGAAGCCUGCAGCUCUUCAACCAGGCAGCCAGUGAGUACAACGUGCAUCCAAUGUGGUAUGAUGUGCGUCAAGCGACCAAGACAAUGGAACACGGCGUGUAUGAAGAUGUCUCAGGACAGGCUUUUCGGACAGCAAUCAUUUCCUGUCACGGCCUGCAGUCCCGGGUGAAAGUCCCAGCACGAUCUGCCGUGGAACUCCAGCGUGUUGGGGACCUGCAGUCAAUCAAACAGGUCGCCGUGCUACCUCUGGGUGACCGCUGCUCCACACGCAUGCUCCUUCACAAGAUCGAGUACGAUGGUCCCUGCUACCCCUUCGACCUCACGAGAACGACUAGCCUUGGUGAUGUUGUGGACAUGGUGGCGACCGGCUUCUCAGAUAUGUGGAACCCCGACCAAUUAUACUAUGAUGGUGAACUUGGGCGAGUCUUCCAUCGCAAGUGGAGUGGCCUAUCCUUUGCACAUGAAGUUGAGUACGAGAACGGGGAGGAUCCGAUCGGAAACUUCGCGCCCAUUAUAGAGAGGAUGAGGAAACGCUAUUCGGGUAGAGCUGCUCGCUUCGACUGGGCCUGCAAAAAUGCAGAUCACGUACUGUUCGUGCGAACUGGAGUCGCUUCGCGCGGAGAAGUAUGUAACCUGCAGUCGCGUAUGCUGGAGAAAUAUCCCGGUCUAGAGGCGCGGCUGCUCCUGAUCUCUGAGCAAGACACCUCCGAAUUCAGUGGCCUCAAGGAUUUCAUCCACGUCCGUGAGAGCUUUGAUCCUGACAGGAUGUAUGAGGACAUGAACUAUUGGAUUAAUUGUGCUCAUCGCUUCAGAGGAAUCCUGGAUUCUGUGGGAGUCACUGCCCGAACCCUCUAUUGGUGCCCAAAUGAUCUGAAAGAAGCGGAGAAGGAGAGGCAAGAGUCUUCCAAGGGCGGACAAACCCAGCCCGCGGGUGACCUUGCUGCGCCAAAGCUGACGUCGGAAGUGGCCAAGUUCUCCCAUGCAAACCUGUACGAGUUACACCAGGAACAAGUCACACCAGAAGCCAUUGGUGCAUAA